AUGUUUAUUGUGAAUAUGGUGAAAAGUCUUUUGGGAAACUUAGGUAUCUGGAAAAAGAAUGCUAAGAUUUUAUUUUUAGGUCUCGAUAAUGCAGGCAAGACAACUCUUUUGAGAAGAUUGAAAGAUGAUAGAAUGGUCUAACAUGAACCAACAUUACAUCCACAUGCAGAAGAACUGGUUCUAGGAAAUGUUAGAUUCAAAGCUUUUGACUUGGGUGGCCACCCUAUAGUUAGAAAGACUUGGAAGAAUUAUUUCCCUACAGUUGAUGGAAUUAUCUACCUUGUUGAUUCUACAGAUUAAAAUAGAUUGAAGGAGAGCAGAUAUGAGUUGGAAUAAAUUUUAAAUACAGCAGAAUUAGCAUAAGUCCCAAUUGUAAUUUUCGGGAAUAAAAUUGACAAGCCAGGAGCUAUGCCAGAAGAGGAAUUGAGAUAGGCUUUAGGAAUAAACGCUAAACAACAAAUUAACAAAAAAAACAUUAAGGAAAUUGAUGGAAGACCUGUCGAUGUAUUUAUGUGCAGUGUAGCAAAUAAAGUAGGCUAUGCUGAAGGUUUUAAAUGGUUAUCAUAAUUAUUAAAUUGAGAUUCAUGAUUACUAUUUGUAUAUCUGCAUUUUAUAAAACAACCUUUAA